AUGUUUGGCCUGCUGUGCCUCGCGGGCCUCCUGGUGUGCACAUUGGCCGGCGACCGACACCAGAAUUCGUCGCCGAGUGACAGACCGGCUCAUGAUUCCAGGCCCACGGAUCAUGAUCAUGAUCACGAGCGUGUCCAGCUUCAGCCGGUACAUGGACGACCGACAACAGCUCGUGUCAGCCAGUGUCGAGAACUCUGCUUCCUUCUGCACAACAAAUGCCCCGACCACGUCUGCUUCCCCAAUUCCACGGCCUACGACGCCGGUCAGCAAUAUUGGUCUCGACAGCAGGCCGUCACCACACCGACAUGUCGCUUCAUGCCAAACUGCGCAGAACAGGUCAGCGACGCCAUGGUGGAUAUCAAGACCCUUCGAUGCCCCUUCGCAGUCAAGAGCGGCGGCCACGGUGCCUUUCAAGGGGCAAGCAACAUUCCCGAAGGAAUCACGAUCGACCUCUCUGCUCUCAACGACCUGCAAGUCGACCACGACAACAAGAUCACUCGCACUGGCACCGGCAAUCGUUGGGAGGAUGUGUACGCCAAGCUGGACGAGAUGCACCUGGCGGUCAUCGGCGGCAGGAAUGGUGAUAUCGGAGUCGGCGGCCUGACGCUGGGAGGUAAGUGAGUCAGCGGAACCCAACAUGCUCGCAACAGAAGAACGACAACACCAACUCAACACUCACAGGCGGCAUUUCCUUCUUUUCCGGCUCCCACGGCUGGGCGUGCGACAACGUGGCCAACUACCAGGUCGUCCUCGCAAACGGCUCCAUCGUCCACGCAAACCCCACCACAAACCCCAACCUCUACUUCGCCCUCCGCGGCGGCGGCAACAACUUCGGUAUCGUCACCCGCAUGGACCUCGAGACCUUCCCCCAAGGCCCCAUGUGGGGAGGCACCGUCUUCUACCCCCGCAGCGCCAACCGAUCCAUCAUCAACGCCUUCUACUGGUUCAACAGGAACGCCGCCAUGGAUCCCCGAGCGCACAACUACGUCGCCGCCGUCUGCUUCACCGGCGCCGAAUGCGGCAUCGCGAACGGAUACGCCUAUUCCCAGCCCGUCGCCAACGCUCCCAUCUUUGACAAUUUCACCAAGAUUCCGUAUACCACUUCGACAGCGCGCAUUUCCACCCUUUCGAACUUCACGGCGGAACUGAAAGCCUCGCAACCGCCGGGGUUCUAUCAGGCCUUUUGGACGCUGACGGUGCAGAAUGACGAAUCCCUGCUUGCGGAUAUCCUGAACGACAUCUUCUAUCCGGCUAUUCUUCCAUAUGUCAACACCACCGAGAACUUCGUCGGCACGCUUGCCAUGCAGCCCAUCACGGAAGCCAUCAUCCAGAACUUCGGCAAAAAUGGCGGCAACGCGCUGGGAGUGAACGGUUCGCAGGGCCCAUUAGUCAGUGAGUCCCCCCCUCCGGUCCCGGGUCAUUCGAUUUCCCCGUUACUGCUCACACUCACUCACACCCCCUUCCUUCCUUCUCUAGUCCUGAACAUGGACUGGCAAUGGUCCGACCCAUCCGCAGGCCCCAACAUCCUGGCGACCCAACGACGCAUCAUCGACGAGAGCCGCCAGCUCGCCGAGCGACGCGGCCUCGGCCAUCCGUUCCUGUAUCAGAACUACGCCUACGGUUCGCAGGAUGUCUUCGCGGGGUAUGGGGGAGAGAAUCGGGACAGGUUAGAGCAGGUCCAGAGAGACUAUGAUCCCGACGGCGUCUUCACGGACCUGCAGCCGGGAUAUUUCAAACUGAGGCUACGAGGCGGAGAAUUGAGUACGGGGCCAGGCCUGUGGUGA